AUGCAGGCCUAUGGACACCCUACUGCCCAGGCAGGGGCUGGGCCAGUUCUCCCAAGGCUGACCCCACGAGGACACAGGGCCCCCAGCCUGGGCCAUGCUCAGAUUCCAGCCCAGGAGGCUGAGAACUGGGACCUAGGACCAGAGUUGCUGCCUCCCCUCCCCAACCCCCCAUACACACAGUGUUUCAUUGAUCCACUUCUUCCCGGCCCCAGGGACACACUCGGGCCCCUGCACUUUGAGAGCUGCAGCUUGGAGGGUCCGUGCCCAAGCUGGAAACCACAGUACAGGGUCCGUCCCAGAGCAUCUUAG